AUGACUACCGACACUAGGGGUACUAUUUUCGGUAAGCUUUUGGGAGUAAUGAAUGGCAAAAGUACUGCAGGAUCAGAAAUGCGCCGUAACUCAUUACACCAGCGCAAUCUUCUUCUCAGUAUGCGGCUGAACAGUGGCCCGGGUAGGAAGAGUUUAGGGACUUCAAGCAGAGGGACAACUAGCCACCGACUGACAAAAGAAAACUGGAGGGCAUCAUUUUCAUCUGGAUCCAGCAGACUCGGCGUGGCGCCGACUUUUUCAGGCCAGAAAUCCCUACAGGAUAGCCGAUCAAGGGUGUCGUCCCCAGUUAAGGUUGGGGCUGAUGAUGGACGUAGCUCCCCGGCCAAAGUCCCUUUGCUGAGUGGUACGAAAGCAGACAGCUCACCAGCUCGCUACAAAGACUUCACAUUAGAUGAUUUUGAAAUAGGAAAAAAGUUGGGGAAAGGCAAGUUUGGAAAGGUAUAUUGCGUCAAGCACAAGCAAACUGGUUUUAUUUGUGCCCUGAAGGCAAUGAAGAAGAAGGAGAUCAUCCAAUACAAUGUCGAGAAACAAUUUCGACGCGAAGUGGAAAUUCAAUCUUCUCUAAAACACCCAAACCUGACCCGGCUCUAUGGAUAUUUUCAUGAUGAGAAGCGCGUUUACCUUUUAAUGGAGUACCUUGUAAACGGCGAACUUUACAAGCACCUGAGAUCUCAUGGUCCUUUUAACGACAUCGUUGCGUCCCACUUCGUUUACCAGAUGGCUGACGCUUUGGACUAUAUGCACAGCAAGCAUAUCAUUCACAGAGACAUCAAGCCAGAAAACAUCCUCCUAGGAUUUCAAAAUACUUUGAAAUUGACGGAUUUUGGGUGGAGUGUCACAAACUUGAAUAAUUCCAGGAGGAGAACGUUGUGCGGUACCAUGGACUAUCUUUCACCAGAAUUGAUAAAGUCUAGAGAAUAUGAUAACAAGGUCGAUGUUUGGGCACUUGGGGUCCUGACAUAUGAGCUCUUGGUAGGGACCCCGCCGUUUCUCGAGGACUCAAAAGAAAUGACUUAUAAACGAAUAAAACGAAGGGACCUUAAGUUUCCAGACCAUAUUUCUAGCCAAGCGCGAGACAUCAUAAGCAAGCUUCUGGAAUAUGAGCCGAAUGCUCGGAUAGCUCUUAGAGAUGUCAAAAAACAUCCGUGGAUUUUGAAAAACCGUCCUUUUUGGUAA